GCCUCUCUUUUGGGAGAAGGCGAAGCUCGAGAGGGGGGAGCAGAAGAAGAAGAAGAAGCGCUGAUCCACGUCACGUGACUGGGAAAAGCAUCCUUUUGGUCCAUUUUGGAUGUUCCCAGGAUCUCCCGAGUAAUCUAGGAAAAUGACCAAACUUCAGUUUUUGAACGUCUUUCUGACUGAGCGUCUUAUGCUAGCCGCACAGGAGAUUUACAAGUCUGUCGAGGACACGAUUUUGGAGUACCAGGAGGAGAUCGCGAUCAGGGAGAGGGAGAACGACCAUCUGAGACGGAGGCUCCGAGACGCUGGGAUAGAGAUAUGGCCAGAUCGCUCGUCCAUGGCGCUGCUGGAGGAAGAGGACGGUGAGCAUCCCCGUCGAGAGUGGAGUCCAAGUAUGGGACAUCAAGAGCGUAUUCCCAUUCAGAUCAAAGACAAAAGAGACAUGCGGCCCAACCAGGGAGAAGACCAGCUUCGUGGCCAUGGCCCCUGCAGUGCCGCGGAAAACAUGUUCACCCCCCCACGUGUAGCGAACGAAUACCCUCAGGAGGGUCCCCACACAUCCGGUCUUCCUCAGAAUCAGGGCGUGGAGAACAGGGAGAGGGAUCCUGCGUCUCGCAACGCACCAAGGCACGUGAAGGGCGAGAGCGGCGGCGGCGGCUGUCACAGAGGUGCCACAUCGUCCAGCAGCGGUGCCCAGCCUCUCGCGCCAGUCAACCCAAACUGCUCAAAUGAGAACAACGUUGACAUUAUUGGAGUUGAGAACGGCGGACAGAUGGGCGGCGCCAAAGGAGCGGUGACCGGCCCCAACCGAGGACAAACCCCUCUCAUGAGGAACCAAGGGGCCAAUGCCAUGGAAUGCCCCCAUCAAAAAUCUCCCCUGCAGGGCCACAUGUCGUCGUUCUGCUGCAAAGUCUGCGGCGAGGCGUUCAGUCACAUCGGACACCUGCACGUCCAUGUGCAGGUGCACACUCGAGAAAAGCCUUACCGCUGCGGAGUGUGCGGGAAAUGCUGCAGCUCCUCCGGCAGGCUCCAGGAGCACCAGCGGAGCCACACGGGGGAAAAACCCUUCCGCUGCCAGAUUUGUGGGAAGGGCUUCACUCAGAUGGCUCACCUGAAGGUCCACAUGAGGAUCCACACCGGAGAGAAGCCGUACAGCUGCCCCGUGUGUGGCAAGUGCUUCAGCCGCUCUGACAAAAUCAAAAGGCACCUUCAGACGCACAGUCGGGAGGGGACCUACUUCUCGGGGCAGUGAUGGAAGGGGUUCAGUUUGGGAAUCAUCGCCGUUGUCGUCGUCGUUGUUGUGGGAAAGUUUUCAAUAAAAAGCUACAGUUGCUGCCACUGACGAGGCAUUUCUUCCUACUUCUGAGAACGUAGAAGUCCUGCUUCUGUAAAGAACACUUUCUAACAAAACCUGUAGUUUCUCACUUCCUUUAUAUAGUUUAUAUUAGCCAGUUUAGUAACGUUCUUUACAGUGUUUUGUAUUUAUCAUUACGUAUUAUUAAAGUAGACACAAUUUGAAUUAUUAGCUGGACUUUUCAGGAUUACGUAGUGUUUUUCCAGCCUUGCGAUUAGCAUGGAGUCUUCCACACAAGCCUUGGAACGGGGGACGUAUCAAGAACGAUCAGCACAUUCAGUUCAUUACCAGGUGGUCACUGUGUCCAUGUGGCUGGAGCUGCAGACUACACAUUUUCUUUGUGGUCAUUCUUUUUGUUGGUUUUAAAAUUAAGAUCAAGCACAAUUCUUAGUCAUUUUUCUUUUUCAAAGUGUGUAUCAUGAAGCAGUACCGAUAACUUAGAAGUUUUGGUGAACGUUAACACCACAGGAUUCACUGUGAUUUUCUCAGUUGGACUUGGUUCCGAUUUUAAUGUUUAGGAGAUUUUAGUUUUGUCACACCGGCGUGAUUUUGAGAACUUGGUUAAAAUGGACGGGAGUGCUGAAACAUUUCACACCUCUGUCUGGUUUGGUUCAUUUUCACACUGAAAGCAGACCAAACAACUUCAUGCAGCAGCUGGUGAGGCGCCAACACAAGAAGCUGCAUGUGUGUAUGGCAAACCACUUUACAUUUAAUAUUAAAAAAACCCUCCAGUUUUCAUUUGAGUUACAGACGCCCUAAUUUUAAUUCUAGAUAUGAAAAAUGAUGCAGCUACAAAACUUAACAUGAAUGGAAAAUAUUCUCAUUUUGUCGCGAUGAACAAAAUGCUUCAUUAUUUCAAAGGUUGAAAACCUCGAAAUAAUGGAAAGACGACUGAUUAUGAUUGUUGAAUCUCUUAACGUCUGACUUGAGUUUCAAGUUUUGUUUCACUUUCUUCUGUCUCUUCAGUGCUGUUGCAUUCUUGGAGCAAAUCACUGCCAUCUCACGUGAUCGGUGUCGAAUCUAACGUGAGACUUCACCAAUAAAAUAAUGUGAUAUUGUGUGGGAUGCCACUUGUUCUAUCUCACUAUUAUUUUAGUAAUGUAUGGUGUUUUUUCUUUUCUUUCAUUCAUAAUGUCUGCUGUGGAAUCUUUGCUUGCAGAUGCACAAAUGAAGUUGAGCCAGACAGUAUUAACAGAACCACUUAUCUAGCGGUGCUAAGCGGGUAAAGGCUUAAUGCACACCAGUGUUUCCACAGUGUGUGAAGUUUUUGGGGUUUUGCAUUUACUUUUUCGUUUUCACGUGAAAGCCGGGUUGUUAUGAAAUAAAAUUACUUUCUAUUUACAUUUCUGGGCCACAGAAUUAAGGCUCCAUUUACAUCAGGACGUUGCAUUACAGAGCGCUAUUUCGUUAUAAAAGGAAUUAAAUUUGUUUUUGUUUGAUGCUGGAAUAAGCACAAACUGAUUUGUAUUGCAGAAUUUAGCUAAAAGAUUAACCAACCCAGACUUGAGCAUGACCGGGAGGUUGUUACCAGCAGAGUAUAGCAGAGCCUCGUUGGUCGCUCAUCUCCCCCUGUGUGUAACAAAUCGGUAAAUAGUUGCUAGUUUUUCCACAACUGGCCAGUAGCUCAUCACAUGCUGUCUUCCUAGGGGGAUCUUGGCUCCCCAGCACAUACCCUGUACAGUGUUUUACCAAUUAAAUGUUAUUUUCAAAUAAAGUAAUACCUGACCAUC